UUGAAAUCAAAAUGGCCUCCGGCACUCGCGGAAACGGCGCUGACGACUCGGACGAAAAAAUAUGUCUUCGGAAUGACAGCCGUGUUUUCCCCCCAACGGCCCAUGCCACCUCGAUCAAAGGAACUGUUGCUGAGAAGUCCGGGCACAUUCUGAAUUUAUCUGACUUAAUCGGCGGUUCUAGAAGCAGCUUUGUCGAAAGUGGUAACGCUGGUCACUUUUUCAAAGUGCUCAACCCAGAUGGAAAAGAUCGGUACGAGAACGGGUCGGGGAAUUCUAAGAUUAACGCCAAACCAAGUGAUUCUGAGAAAGCGAAAAACAAAUUUGUCUGCAAAGCAGCUGAUAUUUUCCAGUACCGUUACUUGGUCGUUUUUGUGAGUUCCAUGUAUAUGAGCAUCAUGGCUGGGAUCACCAUGACUUGCGGACUCUACUGCCAACCCUGGAUAGAUGAAUUCGGCGCGGAUAGCAUGACGGCGUCCUGGGUCGCUUCCCUCCAUGUUGGCCUGACCUGCGGUGUCAGUCUGAUAUCCAGUUUACUCACGGAGAAGCUGGGCUACAGAAAGACUGUUAUUUUGAGUGGAUUGGUGACGUCUGCGGGUCUCAUAUCGUCUGCCUUUGUGCCCAAUGUUUACGUUCUUUUCCUGACUUUUGGGAUCGCCGGAGGGGGUGGAAUUGGACUAUCGUUUACACCGAUGAGCACAAACGUCUCGUAUUACUUCAAAGGCAGAAGUCGAGUGGUUGCAGUAGGACUAGUCACAGCCGGCGCUGGUUUCGGAUCGUUUGUAUUCCCGUAUCUGAUAAGCUUUAACAUCACACAAUUCGGUUGGAGGGGCGCCGUGCUGAUUUCUGGGGGUGGCUCGUUGAACUUUUGUGUUUUUGGCGCCAUCUUGCGGAAUCCAGGCAACUUUAUCAGAGGGAAACAUGAAAGUGAUGGACUGAACCGCCUGUGUAGUACUUCUAUCAGGCAAUAUGGCUUUAUUUUGUAUGUUUUGCAUACUAUGUUAGUUUCGGCUGGGACGUCAGUUGUCUUUAUUCACAUUGCCGGCAUAACUGAAGAGCUCACCAAUGCGACGAGGGAGCAGAGCAACUCUCCUGUCGCCAUGAUCGGCCUGACAAACCUAAUUGGAAGACUAUUCUGGUCACUGAUUGGCUACUCCAAACACGUGGACACCAUGGUCUCGUUUCUCGUCUGCAUGACUUUGACAGGGGUCAUGUCAAUCAUUCUGCCGUUUUUAACCGCGUUGACUCACAUUAUUAUCUGGGCCUUGGCAUUUGGAUUCUUCUGGGCUCCAAAUGUCUCCCUAAUGCAAAUUGUGACGUUGCAUUUUGUUCCACUAAACGAAAUCAACACUGCAUUGGCCUACGUCAUAGGCGGGCAAUGCGUUGGCUUCAUGGGCGGCGCCCCCCUCGCUGGAGUCCUGUACGACGCCACUCGGAACUAUGGCAACUCAUUUUACCUCGGGGGCAGCUUUAUUUUCCUCGGCUGCUUGGCCCUCGUGGUGCCGACGAUCAGUCACUGCAGACCAUCAUGCAGUGCGAAGGAAGUUCACAUUGAGAAAGCUAUAUCGAAGGUAUUUGGGAAUAGUGUGAUACAUGUAUUUGGAAGUCAAUACUUGGGAGAGUCAGACGACAGGGCUGAGGCCCGGACUGAGGGCGCAGAAGCGAUGAUGGAGGCAGAGCCAACAUGACACGAACUAUGACCAGGAUAAUAAAUGUCCCUCGCGAAUUCGUGUCCCUGUCUGAAGUAGUUUCACUUUCAGUCUUAUACAUCCCCUUACCAACAAUGAUGAUGGGUGCAUGGACCAGAGUAGACGAAGACCUUUCACCCGGACUAUACAUGGGCAAUUGUUUCCCUCAUAGAAUCUGGUGAUUAAUAUAAUUAUCAUCGAUAAUCUCUAACCUGCAGACACAUGUUUGUAUCUUACUUUUUUACUCCUUUGUCAUACAAAAUAUCGACGGGUGGAGUAUAUCAAAAACAGGAUGCUAUGACGGAAGCUAGUGGGUGCCUGUGUAUCCGAGGUAACCAGAGACAGAGAGAGGAUGGAUGUCAAGCCUAUUGGAGGUGUUAUUCUCUGGGAAUUUACAUGUAUAUUAACUUGGUGGUCUUCUUCUUCUGGAAUCAACCUGUCUAAACUAUAACUUUAAUCAGUUAAAUGAAUAAUCGGUGAGACCACAUGCCGAAACUCACGAGACAACGGGCCGAAAUUCACAGGUUGAGGGGUUUUCGGGGCAAAAGACCAAGGAGGAGAUUGGUGUGCUCUCUUUAUCAAGUUGUCUUUCGUCCAUCGCGUGUGCAGCGCCAGCGCCAGCAGCAGCAUCAACAACGUAGACUCCUAUGCAGUCCAUUUCGUCAUCCUGAUCGUCGACGACGGGCCGGUCCACUGCGUCCGGAGUGUACAGCAACGCUGCACCGUCCGGAUGAUCUGACCAUCCCCCGACCGCGUCAUUUAUGAAUUCUCUAUCGCUACCGUGGAGCCUUACCACAUGCGACUAGUACACUUGUUUGUCGAGCCACACUCUAUAGAGUUGGGACAUUACAAGGAGACAAGACACAUCCUGAGCAUGUUACAAGGAGACAACUUACUGCACUCGUUUGUCCAGGCACAUCCUGAGCAUGGGACGUUACAAGGAGACAACUGCACUCGUUUGUCCAGGCACAUCCUAAGCAUGGGACGUUACAAGGAGACAACUGCACUCGUUUGUCCAGGCACAUCCUGAGCAUGGGACGUUACAAGGAGACAACUGCACUCGUUUGUCCAGGCACAUCCUGAGCAUGGGACGUUACAAGGAGACAACUGCACUCGUUUGUCCAGGCACAUCCUGAGCAUGGGACGUUACAAGGAGACAACUGCACUCGUUUGUCCAGGCACAUCCUGAGCAUGGGACGUUACAAGGAGACAACUGCACUCGUUUGUCCAGGCACAUCCUGAGCAUGGGACGUUAUAAGGAGACAA